AGCAGGCUAGAACGUGUCCGUGUUAUGUGUGCCAUGGACUCAGCCCAGUAAUAUUGACAAUAGGGCGAAAAGGGACAAAAUUUCCCUCAUAAAUCAUAUUUCCUGGAUAAAUAUAAUCAAUAAGCGCGGUGUGUGGAUGUAAAAAAACACCCGGGGAUGUUCUUAUUUCAGCUGGAACCUUUUCUGUCGUCGGAAAUUUGAGUGUUUGAUGGGAUUAUUGCUGUGUGUUUGGCAGUUUUUAAGGCCAAAAACAGAUUUGGUGUCUUUAUUAUUCUUUUGCUGCUGCUUCAAGAGGCAUUGAAGGAGGAAAGACAGUUAAAAACACCCAAAUCAGCUCCUCACAUCGAAAACAUCAAGGGCUAUGUCCUCCGCAGCCACCACUCCUCCAUCAGUGGAUAAAGUAGACGGAUUGUCCCGGAAGUCUGUCCGGAAGGCCAAGCAGAAACGCUCUCAGAGUUCCUCACAGUUCCGCUCUCAGGGCAAACCAAUUGAACUCACACCUCUUCCCUUGCUCAAAGACGUCUCUGCUCAGGAGCAGCCGGAGUUGUUCCUGAAAAAACUUCAGCAGUGUUGUGCUGUGUUUGAUUUCAUGGACACUCUGUCAGACCUGAAGAUGAAAGAAUACAAGCGCUCAACCCUCAACGAGCUUGUCGAUUAUGUCACAGUCAGCCGAGGAUACCUCACAGAACAGGCUUACCCUGAGGUUGUCAAAAUGGUAUCCUAUAAUAUAUUCCGAACUCUUCCGCCCAGUGACAGUAAUGAGUUUGACCCAGAGGAGGAUGAACCCACUCUAGAGGCCUCAUGGCCACAUUUACAGCUGGUGUAUGAGUUCUUCAUUCGUUUUUUGGAGAGUCAGGAGUUUCAACCAAGCAUUGCCAAAAAGUACAUAGACCAGAAAUUUGUCUUACAGCUGCUGGAGUUGUUUGACAGCGAGGACCCAAGGGAGAGAGAUUACCUGAAGACAGUCUUACACAGAAUCUACGGCAAAUUCCUGGGACUGAGAGCUUUUAUACGAAAACAGAUUAAUAAUAUUUUUCUACGUUUUGUUUAUGAAACUGAGCACUUCAAUGGGGUCGCAGAAUUGUUGGAGAUUUUGGGCAGCAUCAUCAAUGGCUUUGCUCUGCCACUGAAGGCUGAGCACAAACAGUUUCUGGUGAAAGUUUUGAUUCCCCUUCAUACCGUCAGGAGCCUCUCACUCUUCCAUGCACAGCUGGCAUAUUGUAUUGUACAGUUCCUAGAGAAAGACCCAGCGUUAACAGAACCGGUCAUCAGAGGUCUGCUGAAAUUCUGGCCUAAAACUUGCAGUCAGAAAGAGGUUAUGUACCUAGGAGAGUUGGAGGAGAUUCUGGAUGUGAUUGAGCCCACACAGUUUGUGAAAAUCCAGGAGCCUCUCUUCAAACAGAUCUCCAGAUGUGUCUCCAGCCCUCAUUUUCAGGUAGCUGAGAGAGCUCUGUACUACUGGAAUAAUGAGUACAUCAUGAGUCUGAUUGAGGAGAACUCUAGCGUGAUUCUUCCCAUUAUGUUCACCAGUCUGUACCGGAUCUCCAAAGAGCACUGGAACCCGGCCAUAGUAGCUUUAGUCUAUAAUGUUCUGAAGGCCUUCAUGGAAAUGAACAGCACUUUGUUUGAUGAACUCACAUCCACUUACAAGUCAGAUCGUCAGAGAGAGAAGAAGAAAGAGAAGGAGAGAGAGGAGUUGUGGAAGAGGUUGGAGGAUCUGGAGUUGAAGAGAAGCCUCCACUGUGAUGGAUUUAUUCCCACUUAAUGACGCGCCUCUCCCGGACCGUUUUCCCAACGCCUCCACCAUGUGCCCGGAACGUUGGCAGCAUAUUUUUUUUCCUUUCUGUAUUUGUGCGUUUUACUUUACCAUAGAAUCACCUCAUCAGUCUCAUUAUUUCAAAAGCACUGUAAAUAUCUUUAUUUUAUCCUCUUUUUUUUCCCUUAAAAAUAUUAUGCCGAAAAAGAAUGUGACUAGAAAAGAAAGUUAAAAAAAUAAAAACAAAAAUGAGAAAAAAAUAAAUAAAAGAAACCCGCACUGGAGGGGGAAGGACUUUGAACAGACAAUAGGACUGAAAUGAACGACUGCUGUGGAGACGAAAAUCACACAAACGGAGAAUCUCAGCUCACCAGAUCUGACAUACCUCACCCAUCCCUACAAAACAACACCAGCCCAGUUCUCUCUCUCUCUCUCUGUCUCGCUCCUCCCUUCCUGCCCCCCUCUCAUCAUCCCUUUCUUAUCCUCCCAUCCCAAUUCCACUUAUUGUCCAAUUUCAAUUAAAUGGUUUGUUUCGUCAACAUAUUUCACCUGGGUGUCCUGUAUAUCUGAAAGAGGAAUUGUCUGCCCUGUUUAUACUCCUGACCGUUGACCCAAGUGCUAUGGAUCAUCCUUUAAAAUCUGGAUAAAUAGAGUGGGUCUGGUUUGCAGACUUCUCAAAGGGGAUGCUAAAGGACACUAUUUAGUUACCAGCAGAGAAGAGGAAGUCAUGAAUAUGCACCAGCUUUGACACACCCAUGCGUUUGUUUCCCCCUUUUUUUCUAUUUCUGUUCAAAGGUGCCACCAGGUUCACUUCUUUGGACUCUUUAGCACCAGUCCGGUACUGGUACCAGUGAAUGACUCACACACAUACACGCAUCUGAGAGGGGUAUCAAGAAUUUCCGCACCAAAUCGGAGAUGCUUGUCAUGAGAAAUUGAACUGCAAGGGCAUACACAUACUUUGCAUUCGAGUGUGUGAGGGAGUUUCUUACAGUGUUAAGUACCUGUAUACUGUAUCUGAAUGCAGGACUUUGAUAGUAGAUCCUUUAGCAUAUUUUUCUUUAGGAGAUUCCAGUAGAUGAUGAGAAACAAUUGAACACAGCUUCUGGGGAUUUAUCUUUCUUUCUUUCUUUCUAGGGUUUCACUUCUAAUUUGUUUUGGGUUUAUUUUUUUGUCUGGAAUUGGAGUUGUUGUUUCAUUUGACCAAGUGGAAUUUGUUCUCCCUUCCUUUUUUUGUUUUUACUUAGUUGCUGAUUGGGGGACGGGGAGGUGAGAGGGGGAUUGUGGAGGGCUGAUGCUGUUGUGAGCUUUGUCAGAAUGAACCUGUGCUUUAGAAAGCCCCAUACAUCAAACAAUUACAAAAGUUAAAAAGGGUCGGAGAAAUACAAAUGUUUAAUUAUUUUAAAAAAUAAAGAGAUUAAAUUAAACCUGUUUUGUGAUAAAGAAGUAAUGUAAUUUGCCUUAUUUGUGGUGUGUGAAUGUGUAAAGAAGAGGUUUUGUACAGAGCACAAAACUGGAAGGAAAAGGGCCAUGAGAAGAAACUUGUUUAUUGAGACAAUUGAGAUCCGGUUCCAGUUGAGAAAUAGUGGAGCCGAAUGAUUUUUAUGACCUUUGGUUCUGUUAAAAGAAUAUUUCAGGUUCAAUACAAAUUAAGCUCAAUCAAAAGCAUUGUUGGCAUAAUGUUGAUUGUAACAAAAUAAUUUCGACUUGUCUCUGAUUUUCUUAAAAUAAAAUAAUAAUAAAAAAAAAGAGCAAAAAUCUAGGUUAAAGUGAGGCACUUACAAUGGAAGUCAAUAGACCAUUUUUACAGGGUUUAAAGGCAGAAAUGUGAAGCUUAUAAUUUUAUGAAAGCACUUGCAUUAAUUCCUCUGUUAAAACUUGUAUUAUUUGAGCUAUAAAGUUGUUUAAAAAAUGUUUUGUCACAUGACAACGAAGUUGCAAAACUGGAUGUAACUUUAAACAAUGGUUAGUACGCGAUUUUGUCACAGUAAUAGUGUUAACAUGUGUGUUGUUUAUGUCUUGUGGCUAUACUUUUGAAACGGUAAGUAUUUUAAUAUUUACAAAUUGGCCCCAUUCACUUCAGAGUGCCUCACUGUAAACUAGAUUUUUGCUACGUACUAUAUUCUUCUUAUUUUGCAACUUAAAAGGUAAGAAUCUUUUGUAUUCCCGAAAUAUUCUUAUUUUUUUCCCUAAACCGUCAGUGUUUAUACAAUGGCAAGAAAAGUAUUUGUCUUAAAAUGGUUUGAUCUUUGUCUAAGUUACAAUAAUGAACAAACACAAUCUGUUUUAUCUAAUAACACAAAUUAUUGUAUUGUUCUUGUACAAUUGAAUACAUUAUUCAAACAUUCGUAGUGUAGGUUGCAUAAAGUAUGUUAACCCCUAGGCUAAUGACAUAAAAGCUAAUUAGAGUCAGCUGAGUGGCAAACCUGGCAUCCAUUUAAUGAAAUGAGAUGGGAGGUAUAGGUAAGAGCUACUUUGACUUACAAAAAGCACUCAAAUAUUUUGAGUUUGCUAUUCACAAGAAGCAUCCGCUGAUGUGGACGAUGCCUCGCAAAAAAGACUUGCGGUCAAGAAUUGUUGCUGUGCAAAAAGCUGGAAAGGGUUACAAAAGUAUCUCAAAGAGUUUACAUAUUGAUCUGUCCAGUUAGAAAAAUGUCUAUAAAUUUAGAUGAUUUAGUACUGUGCCUACUCUCCCUAGAAUUGGCCGUCCAGCCAAGGUGAAUCAAAAGGCCACACCACAUAAUGCUCAAUGAGGUAAAAAAAGAACCCUUGAGUGACAGCUAAAGAAAUAAAGGAAUCAUUGGAACUGGUUAACAUCUCUGUUCAUGAGUCUACUAUAUGGAAAACAUUAAACAGGCAUGGUGUCCAUGGCAGGACACCACGAAGGAAGCUGCGCACCUGAAGUUUGCCAAACCUUGACCAUCUUGACACUCCACAACGCUACUAGGAAUAUGUUUAGUGGACUGAUCAAACUAAGUUUGAAUUGUUUUGGAAGAGCAUGGGUCACUACGUAUAGCAUAAAAAUGGUACUGCAUACCAACAUGAAAACAUCUGAAGUGUGGUGGAGGGGGCAUCAUAAUUUGGGGCUGAUUUGCUGCUUCGUGGCCUGGACCGCUUGCCAUCAUAGAGGGAAAAAUUAAUUCCCAAGUUUAUCAAGAUAUCCUACCGGAUAAUGCAAAGGUGGCUGUGCGCCAGCUGAAGCGCAGUAGAAGCUGGGUGAUACAGCAGGACAAUGACCCUAAUUAUUGAAAUAAAUCCACUUCAAAAAAUUAAAUCCUCCUUUUGGAGUGGCCCAGUCAGAGCCCAGACCAUAACCCAAUAGAGAUUCUGUGGAAUGACCUCAAGAGAGCCAUUCAGACCAGACAUCCUAAGAAUAUGGCUGAGCUGAAGCAAUUCUGUAAGGAGGAAUGGUACAAAAUUACUUCUGAACAUGUGCAGGUCUAAUCUCCAACUACCGGAAAUGCUUGGUUGAGGUUAUUGCUGCCAAAGGAGGAUCGACCAGUUAUUAAAUCCAAGGGUUCGCUUACUUUUUCCAAAUCACUGUGUAUGUUUAAUGGGUUGUGUUCAAUAAAGACAUGAAAGAUUAUAAUUGUUUGUUAUGUUAGCUUAAGCACAUUGUGUUUGUCUGUACUUGUGACCAUGAUGAAGAUAAGAUCACAUUUUAUGACCAAUUAUUGCAGAAAACCAGCUAAUUCCAAAGGGUUCACAUAAUUUUUCUUGCCACUGUAGAUACCUUCUUAAAGGUGCACUCAGUAAUUUUUUUAUUUUUGUUGUCUUGGACACCUGGGGGUGUGGAUGCAGAUUUAUUAGAAUACAAUAGUUUUCAGUUACCAAUGUCAUUGUAGAAAUUCUCUAUUCACAAUCAGCCAAGAUUAAUAUAAUCCAUGAGUGAAAGUGUCCAAAAAUGGGACAGUUACUGAGAUUAAGCUAAUGGUAUUCGGCUGGUCAUGUGAUUUUGGAACAUGGCUGCCCCCAUGAGGGGACCCUCUCCAUGACAAUAAAACAUCUUUUAUAAGGUUACUGAUAUGAUUUGAGUCUGAAUCUUUUGUGUUUGGUCAUGAUU